AUGGCGUAUGUUGAAAUUGACAUUCCAUUUGAUGUCGGAAGCCUAUUGGUGGCCGGUUUCUUCACAUUUUGCCAACUUGCGACUGCAAUCUAUAUCCUCAACAUACUGAUCGUGUUCAUCGUUCCGCUCGCGUAUCUGUACGUCAAGUUUGCCAAGAUUUACUUGCUGCCGUCUCGAGACAUUUCUCGAUUACUGAAAGUGGCGUCAUCUCCCGUACUCAGCCACAUUUCACAAGCCGAAGAAGGGGUCACCACCAUCCGAGCGUUUGGGCCAGACUGCGUGGACCAAACAAUUGCUGAGAGUUUUACGCGCAACGACGUGAACGCUCGCGCUUGGUUCUGCGACUUUGUGGUGUCGACAUGGUUUCUACUUCGCAUGGAGCUCAUUGGCUGUGGCGUUGUGAUUGCUGUGGUUUCCUGUUUGGUCUACCUUCGCGACUAUCUGACACCUGGACUUGUUGGGGUCGCGUUUACUUACGCAUUGAGCAUUGACAGUCGACUCUCUCGCCUCGUUCGUGUUUGGUCUUGGCUGGAAAUUGAGAUGGUGAGUCCUGAAAGGAUCAUGGCAUAUGCUUCCAUUCCUCCAGAAGGGGAACAGAGCACCCUCGCAAUUGAACCAAGUCAGGCGUGGCCUAGUACAGGCACCGUUUGCUUCCACGAUGUCGUCUUCGGCUACAAGCCGGGUGCUGCACCUGUUCUCAAGGGACUAUCUUUCGACAUCCAGAACAAUGAAAAGAUCGGUAUUGUUGGACGUACCGGCGCCGGCAAGUCCAGCCUCACCAUGGCACUCUUCCGAAUCAACGAGCUGGUCUCAGGCCGCAUUCUUAUCGACGGUACAGACAUCGCCACCAUGCCACUGCGCACCCUACGCUCGAAUUUGUCCAUCAUCCCGCAGUCGCCCGUGUUGUUUAAGGGUACGCUGCGAGCGUACAUGGACCCGUUCGACGAGUUUACAGACGCGGACAUCUGGAACUCGCUUGAAAAAGUGGAUAUGAAGACGCAGGUGUCGGCACUGGACGGUCAGCUAUCGUAUGAGCUAAGCGAGAACGGCGAGAACUUCAGUGUGGGUGAGCGGCAGAUGCUGUGUAUGGCUCGCGCUCUACUGACUCGAAGCCGCAUCGUGGUGAUGGAUGAGGCGACUGCGUCCAUCGAUCACGAGACCGAGAAGAAGUUGCAGCAGAUGAUCAAUCGGGACUUUCAGGACGCGACGGUGUUGACGAUCGCGCAUCGGCUGGGGACGGUGCUGGAUUCGGAUCGUAUAUUGGUGCUGAGUGACGGUCGGGUGGUGGAGUUCGAUAGCCCUCGAGAGCUGGCGAAGAACACGAACGGAGAUUUUCAUGCGCUAUCGAAAGAAGGAGGAUACCUACACAGACUAAAGUAA